GUGGUUGUGUGCGUCGCGAAUGCGGAGCAGUGCAGCGAGCGACGGCGGAGGAGCACCGGAUUAAAGAGACGCGCGGGCGGGCGGAGCGAGAGUGAGACGAAUCCUCGAGUGCUGCUGGACUGGACACCGCGCUGCCAUCGGCGCCGCAGCCGCUGCGGAACACCGUGCGACGGCUGUCAGCAGUUGUGCGAUCGUUUGAGAAAGAGAGCCUGCUGUUUCUAAGGGUGCUCGAGCCUGCAAUUUAGCAAUGAGGAAUGGAUUCAGGGGCGGUGCCGAUGGACUCCUAUGAAGACAUGUUCAAGGAAAUCACACGAAAGCUGUACGGCACGAGUGAGGAUGCGUUGGCCACCAGCUCGGCGGCGCCGAACGCUGGGUCCUCGACAACGACGCCUAUCACCACCUCGGCGCCGAGCGGGGUUGAUAACCGCAACCGGUACGCCGAGGAGCAAACCCUCACCGCUCCUUUUAUUAAGGAGGAUGCCCUUGCUGCCUUUAGUAUAGCGCUCAUGCAGACCAACUUCCAACCAGCUGUGGCCGCAAUGAACUCGACUGGCUAUCCUGGCACUGCUAAUGGAGGCCAGAACCAGUACCAAAACCAGACGCACCCUCAACACAACCAACUGCCCAUCAAUAUACCUCCAGCGCCUCAGGCGAGCGAACAGGCCGCUGCACAUGUAGACAGGUGGUUCGCGAGCGACGAUGAGCUGAACUGGACGCGCAGCAAAAUCGCCACCUACAACCCCGCGCAGCGGGCCUUCAAAUGCUCUGAGUGUGACUGCAGUGGCGUUUUGGGGCGCAUCGCCGACCACUGGAUAUCGACGCACGGCAACAUGAGCAUGUACCAGUGUCCGCAGUGUCAGUUCACGAGCGGCAUGGCGCGCACCGUGCGAAUGCACGUGGCCAAGCAGCACAUGGGUGAGGGUAGCAGCGGCGCUGACGAGGUCGAGACCAAGAUCGAGCCAGGGGACGAAGAGCGAUUCAACAAGUCAACCAGCAACCCCCGCACCUCGCCGGUCGCCUCAUCCUUGUGGAAGGAGAAGGAGAUGCUCGACGAAGUCACCAAGUACCUGCAGAGACUGAAAACAAAGGCUGAGAGCGUGAAAAACGAGUAUGGAGGCGGUUCGUCCGGAGGCGGCCCUGGAGGCGGAGGCCACCGCGAGCGGGGCACCAGCCUGACCGGAACGACGGAGAAGCGCUACAGUUGCGGCUACUGUCCGUACGCGACGGACCGACGCGAUCUGUUCACCCGCCACGAGAACAUCCACAAGGACGAGAAGCCAUUCCACUGCUACAUCUGCCGCAAACAGUUCAACCGGGCCGACCACGUCAAGAAGCACUUUUUGCGGAUGCACCGAGAACAGCCCUACGACAUCAACAAGAUCCGCCGCGCGCCGCCCAAGAACGCCAGCGGCAUGUCCUAUUACCACAAGUACUCGGCUGCGCAGCCGUCCUCCUCAAGACCCUCUGGACAGCAGCAGCAUCAACAGCAGCCGCAGGUACAGCACCAUAGCGGAGGACAACAGCACUUUCAACAGGCGCACCACAUGCACCAACUGCAGCCUCAGCAACACCAUCUUUUGCAGACUCCACAUUACAACCUGCCCAUCAGAACACCGCAGCCCAAAGCCUACAUGUCCAAACAACAGCAGCCUCAACAGCAAAACGGAGUGGCAAAAAAAAAGAAUGUGUCAGGUCUGGGUGGCUCAAGCAGCAACGGCCUGCAGAAGGAACAAAAGGAGAAGCGGUACACGUGUUGCUACUGCACGUGGUCCGGCGUGGAUAACUGGUGCCUGAAGCGGCACCUGAACACACACAUCAAGCCCUUCGUGUGCGCCCUGUGCGACUACAAGGCGGCCCGCUCGGAGCGGCUGGCCACCCACGUACUCAAGGUGCACAACAAGCGCUCGUGCAACAAGUGCCAAUUCCUCGCCGACGACCAGCUCAGCCUCAACGAGCACACGCAAGAGCACCACAAGCCAAAAGAAAAAGUUGUUGCAACACCUGCAGUCCCCUGGAAUACCGUGCCAAUACCAAUCGACCAAACACUUUGCUGAAAAACGUCGGGCUAUCGUGCUACCAGCCUUCCUUGGGCACAUAUUCAUUCUGACAAAUGUCGGCUUCAGUGCAAUAGAGGACGAGUGACUCGGU